UUACAACCUUCCUGGUAAACCAAACAGGAAUGAAUAUAUCAAGCUAAAAGCUUAUGUCUAAUGGCGACAUCCUCUUCAAACUGUGGUGUUUGUGACCUCCGUCACAUUAAAAAGCCAUCAAUAGUCUGGUGUACAGAAUGUGACGAGGGACUUUGCACAGAAUGCCAGGAACAUCACAGUUUUUCUAAGGCAUCGAGAAGGCAUAAAGUGAUAGCUAUAAAUGAAUACCAGGAGUUACCAAGCGAUGUAAUAAACAUUACGCAGUACUGUAUCGAACACAACGAAAAGUUUCAAAUAUAUUGCCAAAAACAUGAAUGUCCCUGCUGCAGUAAGUGUGUUGUAGAAAGCCACAAAGGAUGCCAGGAUAUCGUCAACUUAGAUGAAGCCAUUCGUGAUGUCAACACCUCCAAUGCCCUUUACGAGAUAGAGGAAACAUUAGUUGAAUUAGCCGAAAAUCUGCAGAAAAUUCACCAGCAGAAACAUGACAACAUGACGACAUUGAAAGCCAGUAGAAAGGAAAUAGAAAAAAAAUUAAAGCAGACCAGAAAAGAGAUCAACAACCAUCUCGACAAAUUACAAGAAGAUUCCAUGAAACAACUCUAUGCGAUAGAAGAAAAAGAAAACUCCAAAAUUUGUCAGUUAUUGUCAUCAUUAGAAAAAACACAAAAAGAAAUAGCAGAAUGCCAGACAAAAAUUGGGAAUAUAAAGACACACGCAACGGAUCUUCAGAUGUUUCUCUCAAUGAAGCAAAUAGAGAAAGAUGUCGAUACCAAAGAUAAAUUCCUGCAGUCGCUUGUAGAAGGCGAUACCAUGAAGCAGAUUUCUCUUUCAUAUAAGAUCAACACUUCUAUCCAGAAUAUUAUGACCGAUAUAUUAGGUUUUGGAGAAGUGCGUAUUGAACCUAAAUCUUGCGAUAUUGUUCUGAUCAAGAAAAAGACCAAACAAGCCCAGUAUAUGGUACCACCAGUUCCAACGAUACCAAUUGAAAAUAUAAAGCUUACACUACACAAGACUGUCAAUACGGAAGGAGACUCCAUCUUUGGGUGUUGCAUGUUGCCUGAUGGUAGAUUGGCGUUUACUUACUGCCUGGAUUGGACAGUUAAAGUAUUCACUGAUUUGGGAUUAAAAGACUUCGAGGUAAAGGUGUCGGAUGGAGUGUUUGAUAUCGUGUACAACAGUGAGGACAAUUCAUUGGCUGUUUCAUCUGGUGGUUCCAUAAAUCAGUGUAUUACCAUUAUAGACUUGGAAAAGAAACAAAUCAGGAAAACAAUUUCACUGGAUUCGGAAAACUAUGGCAUAACACUGAACGAAAAUCGAUUGAUUUAUUCUAGUAAAGACAAAGGUAUUCAAAUGAUUAAUCUGCAUGAUGAGUCUAUAACUGUCAUAGUCCAAGACAAAAUGCCCAGUUCAUGCUACACUGCAUCAUUUAAGGACAAAAUAUAUCAUACAAACAGGGCAACUGACACCGUCACAUGUUAUAAUCUACAAGGUCAACUGCAAUGGACAUUCCAAAACGAAAGCGUUCUGCAGAAUCCACAUGGUAUUGAUGUAGACAAGGAUGGAAAUGUCUACGUAGUGGGGCGUACUUCAAGUAAUGUUGUCGUGAUAUCCCAUGAUGGACAACGACAUAGAGAAGUUAUACAAGUUGGUGAUGCUUCAACUGAUCGUACCUCACUUCAUUAUAGCAGGCAACAACAUCAGUUGCUAGUCGCGGAGUUCGACACGGCUCAUGUGUUUAAUCUUAUUUGAAAGCGUUUACAGUUUACACUACUUUAUCUUUAAACAUUU